AUGUCUAGCUCGCUCUCCUCUAUGCUAUCAACAACUGAGUUGUUAAACUCCUAUACUUACUUGGCAGGAAACCGAGCUGACAGUUUGGCCAUAAUUGACUAUGAGUUAGAAUCUCCCUUGGGAUCACCUCUAGGAUCUAGUACUCCAUUCCCCCCAGCGGUCCACUGCGGGUUCAAGGCCAGCGUUGACUCAAGAGAGUCUUUGGAUUUGGUGAACUCAUUACUUCUGAUGAGACACUACAUCACCGACCAGAAAGUCAAGAAAAGCAUUCCCAGAUCGAUUGCAAAUCCAUUCGAUGCUAACUGCCCGGCUCCAUCAAAGUCGCUAAGCUCCGUCUUACCACCCGUACCAAAGGGAAGACCAUUUUCCUUUUCGUUGAAUGCCCGGUUCUAUAUUCAUUCUUCAAUUAAUGAUCUAUGUUGUCAUCUCAAAAAUAAACUGUCCUUCACCUAUAAAGUUGAAAACUCCACUCAUCACCACGAAAUAUCCAAAAAUGUGGUUAGAAAUCAUAAAAAUAUAAUCUUCAAUCUACCAAAAUCAUCAAAUAUAUAUACGAAACUAUGUGAUGCAUUCAAAAUCAAAAAAUUCAAAUUCGUGAAAGUAGUCCGCGAUGUGCACGGUAGGUUGAUGAAGAUCGAGUCGGUUACUCCUCCGUCUGGCCAACUUGUCAACUCGAAUUGGAUCAAAUCAAAUAUCUGCUACCCGAGAUAUAAAUCAAAUAUGAAAAUGCAUCUUGUCAUCUCGGAUUACUCCAAUGAAGAAUCGAUAUAUUUCAAUGAAAGUUUCAAAGCAAUUGACCUGGGAUUGUCGUCGAACUCAAAUCGGAUCGUGAAAUUGGUCACUUCCUUCUGA